AUGUGUAACUUGAUUACCCUGACUUUCUUUCUGCUUCCUCAGUUGUGGGUGUCCUGCGGGUUGGUAGCUGGAACUCCCGACCGUAUUGCCACGGGUCAGGAGCAGCUGCUGUCCGUGCAAGGUAGGGUUGGGUUGCCCGAGAGCAGCUGCAACCCUGUUGGCGGAAGUGGCUCACCCACAGGAAUUCGCCCAUUGUAUCGCCGUAUCGUAGCUCGCACAUUCUACAUUUCUAAUUCCAGAGAGCCUGUCGAGGAUGUCGAGGACAUAACCGGGCAUUAUGCUGUUCUGGCCCGAGAGUUGGUGAACUUUGCCGCGGCUCGAUCGCAGAGUGGUGGGUUAGGACGACCAACGGGUGAAUGCAUUCCUUUACACCGGUCGCAAAUCAGCAAUCCUCGCUAUAUCUCAUUCAGAAGUCUUGUAUUAGCAUGUAGAAAAGCUUUGUAG